GCGGUUAAUAAGAUCCAUGUUCUGUGGGUGUUACGGUUAGGGGUCCCUCACUUAGUGCACGUGACACUAGAUGUUUAACAGGUCAGGGGACUAAUCAGCCCCGAUACGUCCAGCGACAUUCUCCCACUAGCACCGUCACGUGACCCACCCCGCGCUAUAUAUUUGAGGAAACGCAAUUUGUGGAGCUAGUUCUGCUCACAAAACGUUUGGUAACCAGACUAAUUACUGACCAACAGUUCCUCUUGGUUGCAUGUAUUUUUGCUUGGUAGUAGCCCUAAGAAAUCUGUACCCAACUCGUUCCAGAUGAGUGGACUCAAUAUCGCCCUCUUCUUCAUCGUCUCCUCGCUCGUAACAUCAGAAUCUGAUGCUUGGUUCCACAAACCAAGAUGUCCCCCAAGAGACCCCAAGUGUAACUCGUAUAUGGGUCGUGACGUUAGUAAGCGCCACAUCGUCAGUUUCCAGGAUAUGAACCACCUGGGUCCCACAGUGCCGCCCCUCGGAGACCUCGCUCCGGACAGGAUCAUUUACAAUAACACUAACAGAAGGCUCCGACACAGCAAGCGAGCUCGUCACGAUAUCAGGUACCGAAGCAGGUUACAGAGAUAUCGGGACAGAUUCAACAGCUAGAGUGAUAGUCACCAUGGUACCCUCUGUAGCGACACCGUAGUAACGCAGCUAUUCACUUUCAGCGUGUGCUGUGAUCAUAUUUGUGCAUUUUUCUGUACAGCUCUUUGUAGACUUGUGCCAGCAAAUUUAGCUGGCAAAUCAUAUGUCAUAGUCUGAACACUAUUAUUUGGCUUGAGAUCAGUUGUAGAGGCAGAUAGACAGACUUGAUAAAAGAACAAUUGUUCUGAAUAAAACUUUAUACACAGAUACACUUUAAUAGCUAGGUAUAGGAUUAAAUCUUCAUGUUAUAGCAUGCUUAUUACUUCGUUAAUUUCGUUUGCAAUUAUUAUAAUUAUAUGUUAAAUUUGGUCAACAAGACAAGGUAAAGUACAGCUCUAUGAUAUUAUUACAUUUAUGUUUAAGCUAUCAUAUAGUAUAAACAACUUAGUUUUUCUGUAACAGUGUCAGUGUAACUGAUGAUGAUAAAUAGUAUUUUUUGUAGAUAGUUUUCCAGAACAUCCCUUGAAGAUUUCUUUAAAGAUUUCGUCAAGAAUCUUUCAUAGGAGACUUCUCGGACUUUAAAUUUCCACUAAAAGUAUUGUAGCUUAUUUUUCGAUGUUAAAUUUAAAGCAAGUAUUUUAUCUUAACUAAAAUUUAAUUAAAAUUUUGAAUUAAAAGGUUAUACUGUACAAAAUUCGAAUUUUUAUAUUUGAUUAUGGUCUUGUCGAUUGCAGAAUAUAUGAUUGUAUCUGAAGAUAAUUAACUGCCAAAACUGUAUUGUGGCAACAUAUCUGUCGUGAAGUUUUAAAACGAACUUUGGCAAAGAAGCGAAGAUAAACAGCAAACUAAAUAUUUUUGUCGUUUUAAAGCAAGCCUUCAUGGCCUUAUUGAAAGAGGGCGUUUCCAAUGUAUAAUAUUUAUUUUGUUAUCUGAAAAUACAUUUUAUCUAACGCUUUACAUAGCAAC